AUGAACGAUCCUGGCCUUGAUGAGCCUGCCGGGGAAGCAGCGCAAGAUAUCAAUGACAGAGUACAAGCCGAGGACGAACAAGCCGAGCAGGAAGAGCGAGAAUAUCUCGAUCCAAGAACGUUUGGUCCCGUUGCCAAUGGAUUCUCGAUCUGCGCGCUUGUUGAAAAAUGGAGAGUGUACAUUCCCCCCGGAAGCGACGAGGGACAUGGCUCGAAGAUCACAGAUCCGAAAUGGCUUAUCGCGGUCAACUCAGUCUCUCUCGUCUUCGCUCUGAGCGCAAACAUCAGUCUGCUCCUCACCAUGUCAAGGAGACUGACUUUCGAGAUUGCGCAGCCUAUUACUAUCAUCGGGUUCUAUCUGGCUGGCUUCCUCCUGAUGGCGCUUGUGGGGGUCGCUUCAUCAUCCGUAUUUCGCAUCCAGCCUAUGGAAGAGCAUGCUCUGGGCCAAGCAUUCUACUAUGCUAUCAUAGCUGCGGGUAUCUACUUCAUCAUCGCCUCUCUCAUGGCCUUUACUGCAUUCGGAGCGUACAAGGGACAUUACGCUAGAGAGUUCCGACUAACGGCUAGUCAGAGAACGCUAAUGCUGCAGACUAUCGCCUUCAUGGUCUACUUGCUUCUCGGUGCUUUGAUAUUCUCGUACGUGGAAGGCUGGAUGUUCCUAGAUGCCGUUUUCUGGGCCAACUUCACGCUUCUCACAAUAGGAUUCGGUGGAGAGUUUGUGCCUAAGACGCACACAGGUCGCUCACUCCUAAUCCCGUAUGCGAUUGGUGGCUUAGUCACAGUUGGUUUGGUAAUCGGUUCAAUUCGAUCCCUCAUUCUUGAGCAUGGAAAACAAAAGAUGGCUGCUCGGUUCAUGGAAGUCAAGAGACAAAAGGUCCUCAAGUCUAUCGACGGCGAAACACAUACAAUACGUAUCUCAAUCUUUGAAAAGGUCGAGUUCUCCUCAAAGGGCUUGACGGAAGCACAAAGGCGAGAGCAAGAGUUCCGCAUAAUGCGGCGUGUCCAAAUAUUGUCUGAGCGAAAGAGAAGGUACACUGCAUUGGCUCUUUCAACCACUGCAGCGCUUCUGUUGUGGUUCCUGGGGGCUUUGGUCUUCAUGUAUUCGGAAAAGCCACAGGGGUUCAGUUACUUCGUAGCGCUAUACUACGCCUACGUCUCGCUCCUGACGAUUGGUUACGGGGACUAUGUCGUCCAAAGUAAUGCUGGAAAGGCCUUCAUGGUGUUUUGGAGUCUACUUGCGGUGCCCACUCUGACGAUUCUCAUCUCGAACAUGGGUGACACGGUCAUCAAGGCCUUCAAGGACUUUACAAUCUGGUUGGGUUCACUUAUAGUCUUACCAGACGAGGAGGGACUGAGUGCCGCACUUAAAGUCGGGUGGACAAGGAUCAAAUCUGGCAAGAUCGGCGAAGAGGAAAAGGCGGAUAAUCACGAGGGCCCUGCCGAACAGCGCAUGCAAGAUCGGUUGGCAGCAUACAUUGAAGAAGAAGAGCUUGGGAGAGCACAAGAGGCCGGUGAGCAUGGGGACUACCUAGAGCGCGAUAUCCGAUUCUAUCACUUUGUUCUCGCAAAGGAGGUUCGAAAGUUGAUGAAGGACGUCGAAAGUUCAUCAUCGAAACAAUACGAGUACCACGAGUGGCAGUACUACCUGCGUUUGAUCGGUCAAGACGAAAAUGACGCCUCCAAACAUAGACAACCCAAAGCUAACACUCACCAUGACGACGGUGAAGCUCCUGAUAUCGGCUCUGCAGAUGACGGAAAGCGGCUCGCAUGGAGCUGGCUCGGCAUUCGUAGUCCGCUCAUGGGCAAUCAAUCCGAGCCUCAAUGGCUACUACAAAGGCUAGCGAUGAAAUUGGAAUCCGAGAUGCGCAAGAUGAGCUCAUCUGACGAGAAAAUAAGAAAGGCCAAGCCGCCGAUCUCUAUGGCAGAGUUGAGGAAGAGAAAGAGCAGUGGGAAGACGUCGGAAGAUACGCAUACGUUGCAGGAGCAUGUUAAGGCUACGGCAAUUAAUCGGCAAGCGACGAAGCAAGUUUGA